AUGGCGGCCGAAACGAGUGCUCAGGCCGACCCUGAACGCCUGGCCCUGCAGGCCAAGGAAGAAGGCAACUCCUUCUACAAGGCUGGCAAAUAUCGUGAUGCCAUCGAAGCCUACUCCCGGGCCAUUGGCCAUUUCCCCGCUGCUCCUUACUUUAACAACCGCGCCGCCGCCUACAUCAUGCUUCUCAAAUUCAACGAUGCCCUCAAAGAUGCCCAAGAAGCCAUUUCUCGUGAACCUCAAACCGUCAAGUACCACCUUCGUGCCGCUCGCGCAUAUGCUGGUCUGGGUCGCUUCUCCGACGCCAAGCGCGCCGUGGAACAAGCUCUGGCCCUUGAUCCCAACAGCAGCGCUGCGCAACAAGAGAUGAGCAACAUGACCAAGAUUGACAUGUACUUGCAGCAAGCCGAGGAUGCCGCCCAAAACAAACUUUACAACAACUGCAUCUCCCUCAUGGAACGCGCCCUGGAACUGGCCCCACAAGCUGCCCAGCUCAAGCUCAAGCAAGCCGAGUACAUGCGGCUUGCUGGACGCAGUGGUGAAGCCGAGCGCCUUGCUUCCAACGUGCUUCGUGAGGAUGGCAUGCAUGCCGAGGCUCUCUACGUGCGCGGCCUGUGUCUUAUCGACCGCGGAGAGCUUGAACAAGCCUUGGCGCACUUCAAACGCGCCCUGCAAUCCAACCCCGAUCACCAACGCGCUCGCAUUUCGCUCAAAAGCGUCAAGGGCAUCGUUAAUGCCAAGGAGCGUGGUACUGAAGCCUUCAAGGCUGGUCGUCUAGAGGAAGCUUUGGGUUGUUACCAGGAAGCACUAUCCAUGGAUGAUAGCGAUAAUGUCUUCACUGCCAAACUCCAUUUCAACUGCGCCGUAGUACUCAGCAAGAUGGACCGAGUACCGGAAGCCAUCGACUGUUGUACACGUGCUCUGGAGUGUGAUGAUCAAUACAUCAAGGCCCUUCUGAAGCGUGGUGAACUCCGUCUCAAGAACGAACAGUUUGAAGAAGCCGUCGAGGAUUACCAGGCUGCUGUUGAGGCCGAGCCUGGCAACAACGAAUAUCGCUCCUCGUUGCGUCAUGCCAAGCUUGAACUGAAAAAGUCCAAGCGCAAAGAUUAUUACAAACUCUUGAGCGUCGCCAAGGAUGCUUCGGACAGCGACAUCAAGCGCGCCUACAAAAAGGCCGCUUUGCGUUGCCAUCCUGAUCGCGUGCCACCCGAAGAAAAGGAUCAGGCUGAAGCCAAGUUUAAGGAGAUUGGCGAGGCGUACGCCAUUCUUAGCGACCCCCAGAAAAAGCAUCGGUACGACAACGGCGAAGAUCUAGAUGAGAUCAACGGCCAUGGUCACGGCCCGGGUGGCGGCGUCGAUGUCAACGCCAUGUUUGCCCAAAUGUUCGCCGGUUAG